AUGGCAAAAACAUUAAACGAAGGGACUUAUCAAUCUACAGUUAUUGUACUAACUAUACGAGCAGUUUUAAAAAAUCUUCCUCUUGGGCCAUUAUCAUUUAUCAGCACAUCAGAAAGGCAAAGUAUUGCAAGUGCAGAUAGAAGAGGAACUGGAAGACGUCCAGAUAUAAUGUUUAUAAUAAAGUAUUUGGACGUGUUUUUUGAACUUAUGUAUAUUGAAUGCUCUCGAUUGUUAUGUACAGAGCAAAAAAAAGUAGAUGACGAUAUUAAACUAUGGAGGGAGUGUAAUGAUGGAAUGUACUAUACUCGAAAAACUCUUAAUUCGGAUAAAGACCAAUUCGGAAUAAUUGGAGUACAAAUAGCAGGAGAUACUUUACAUCUGAAUGUUCUUAUCAGAGAUAAAACUAAUGUUCAUAGAUAUUACCAUAUACAAUCGGCAAAAAUCCCUGUUCAAUUUUCAGAUGAGGAUGAUGUAAUUAAAUUUGUUGAGACACUUUUAUUUUUACGAAAUAUAUUAAUUACAAAUAUAUCCCUGCUAUGCCAUGGUACAAUAACAUCAUCUCAAAGAUUAAAGGAAGGGAGCACAACAGUUACUACACCACGAGAUGAUUAUCCAUAG